UUAAAAAAAUCUUUAAUUUUAGGGUUGAAAUCGCUUCUGCUUCUUCCCCUCUCUCGGCCAUGGCGACAAGAAGGCUUCCUCACCUCCUCAAAACUCUCGAUCCUUUCCGUUCCGCUUCUAACAUGCGGGCAAUCAACACGCUCGUUAGCAAGCACACCGCCAAAUGGAUGCAGGACACCAGUAAAAAAUCUCCAAUGGAAUUGAUUAGCGAAGUACCGCCAAUAAAAGUUGAAGGUCGAAUUGUUGCCUGUGAAGGAGAUAGUAAUCCUGCCCUUGGCCAUCCAAUUGAAUUCAUAUGCCUCGACCAGGAUGAACCAGCAGUAUGCAAAUAUUGUGGUCUCCGUUACUUUCAAGAUCAUCAUCACUGAGGAGAUGGAUUUUAGUUGAAUCUUGUCCAUGGUGACAAUCUUAAAUCAUGCCACCUGGCAAGAAACAGUUCUCUUUGCUUUGCUUUGAUGUAUUGUAAGAAAGUUUCACAUGCUUAGCCCAUAAAAGCUCAACUUGUUUAUGUGAGCAGAACUAAUAUGUCCUGGAGUCUGGACUUUUCUUUCUUAUUCGAUACUUAAUCUGAUGGAAUGUGUCAUAUGUGAUAACAUUACAAAACAUGCAUUUUUUAUUCUUGAUGGGUAUAGGAGUUAACCUUA